UUUGUACAAAAUGGCGGCUUGCCAUCAUAACGUGUGAUAAAGCUUGUGACCACUAACGCUGUUUAUGCGAUUAUAAAGCAAAGCAAACCCAUCUAAACAUACCAGUCACCGAAACAAAUGCAUAAUCUUGGAAUCUGGAUGUAUAAUUAUCCUCUUCACAAUUCAGAGCUGCGUGUCCUUAACCUGUGUACAAGAUGCAGACUUCGCCCGGAGGGAGUAAAGUGUCGUCCAACACAAACUGGUUCACAUCAGAGAUACAACAGAUGAUGCAUGGGUUUGGUGAUUGUCGACGGCCACUUCAUGAAACUGCGGUUCUUGUUGAAGAAAUCGUGCAUGCUCAGAUAGCAUCCCUUAUGAUGCAGGCAUCGGAUGUUGCAGCAUCGCGUAGUAGUCGCUUCAUCGCCAUGGAGGACUUCCUCUUCCUCUUACGCAAGGACAAGAUAAAACUCCGUCGUCUCCUGAAGUACAUGGAGGUGAAGGACCUGAAGGCCUCAACGCUGCGCAGCGGAGGGUUCGAGGAUGAAGAGACGUGUGACUCAGCUGAUAAAAGUCAGCCUGUGAAGAAACGGAGGAAGAUCUGCUAUGAUUUUCUUGCCUCCAUUGACAGCACAGGAGAGUUGCUGGCCCUGUUUGACGAGGAGGGAGCGGAUGAGAUUAAACACGAGAGACUUAUGCGUGCAGAGGUACAGACUCGUAGUAUGACACCGCAGCAGUACACAGAGUACUGUCAGGCCCGACAAGGGAGCUUCAGUCGGAAGUACAAGAGCCAGAGAUUCAAGGACUGGGUCAUGGCAGGAGUCACCAUUGAUGUCAAGCCAAACCUACAGGCCUGGGAGGUGAUCAGCUACCUGGCAUAUGAGACAGUCGCUCAGAUUGUUGACCUGGCUCUGAUUGUGAAGCAGGACAUGAGGGCAACAACCUCAGACCCGAUGUCGAAGAACCAGCCAAACAUCUGCCUCAAUUACCAUGAUGCUGUGCCCUUGUCGUCCAUCCUGGGCAGCAACAAGAUGUCCCUCAUGGCGUCACCUACCAGGUCAAGUCCUCCCUCCACCCCCACGACCCCAUCAGUUCCAGGGUCAACUUCAGCCCCUACCUUGACCUUACCCCAGGGGUCAGGAGGUAGUAGCUCAAGCUCGUCCAAAUCAAAGUCAAAGAAACGGAAGAAGAGUGGUCCUGCUAACUUGAUGGAGAUGUCACACAACCAGGCCAUCUUGCCCUCCGAUGUCCGGGAGGCCAUGCGCCGAUACAGUCAGACUACUGGAUUCCUGGCAUCACAGACAAAAGUGAACCCAAGCUGGCCUCCAAAGAUGCGUCUCCUAUGUACUUGACAUUUUCUACCUGGGAUGAGUGUUCUGUACAAGAUCUGCCGCAUGGACCGUCUGUUACCAAGGACUUCUGCUGCAACAUUUGUCACUGAUGUUGUCUUUUUAUAAAAUUAGUAUUGCUAGGAUUGGGACCAACAAGAUGAACUUGACUUCUGUAAGGACACCCUUUCCUUGUGAAUCAUGAUUGCAGGAAGAGACGAGAACAGUUGCCUCUUGUACUUCACCUUCAGUGUCUUGAACAAGUAGCUGUACAGACUAACAGUCCUCGUUUCUGAUUACAUCGAUGGUUCUCACAAUGCUUAGCCACCUACUUAUUCACUUCCUGAAAGUGCAAUACUUGAGCAGACGUGAGAUUUAUAUGACCAUCCUUCUAAAUGAAUAUGUUUACUGCUGCCUGUUUGGCCACUCUGGUGUUGUGUGGUCAGCACCAACACACUAACCGGUGUACAGCUAGUGUCAGAUAUGUCCAGUGAAGGAAGCUGGUCAUCUGCUUCCUCGCUCAGCGUCAAGAUGUCAGCUUCAGCUAUUUCACCUCCAUGUUUUUUCUAUAAUAUUUACUUCCAUGAAGGAACCUCCAUUAACAUCAUUAAUGAUGAAACAUAAACACUUAGACAAA